AUGGCUGAUACCGAAACUGCUGCUGCUGCACCGGCUCCCGCCAAGACCAAAAAGGCAAGCAAACCCAAGAAACCUUCUUCUCAUCCACCUUAUGGUCAGAUGAUCCAAGAUGCCAUCACAAGUUUGAAUGAAAGAGGUGGUUCUUCUCGUCAGGCCAUUCAAAAGUUUCUGGCAUCACGCUACAAAAUCACAAUUAACUCCACAUCCGGCACUCAACUGAAGCUCGCCCUCAAGAGAGGAGUCGAGAGUGGUAAACUUAAACAAAUUAAAGGAGUCGGUGCUUCAGGUUCUUUCAAAGUAGGAGAAGGUGAAAAGAAAGCGAAAGGGAAAGGUAAAGAAAAAGCUAAAGCUAAGAAGAAGCCUGUCAAGAAAACCUCCGCUAAACAGAAGCCUUCGAAAAAGCCUUCCAAAACAAAGGCCGCUAAGAAAGCCAGAAAGCCUAAAGCAGUCAAACCCGCCACUAAGAAGCCCAAGAAGUCUCCGCAGAAGAAAAAACCCGCCGCUGCUAAAAAAUCUGCAUCAAAAUCGAAAGCCGCCAAAAAGUCAAAGAAGUGA